CUCUGCCUGUCUCUGCGUGCUAUUGCUGUCUUGUAUUGCAAAUCUGCAUUCAUCAUCUCCUUCUCCUUGUACCUACGAGAGAAGCUCUGUGCCUGGUUACACAAGGAAACUAAGAUGGCAGUAGAAUCUGUGCUUACGUUUGCGGCCGAGAGAAUACUGACGAAGCUGACUGACCUUGCUGCUCAAGAAUUCCGUAUGGCCUGGGGAUUCAAAGCUGAACUAAGGAAGCUCCGUGAAUCCUUACCCAUCCUUCAAGGUUCCUUGGACAAGGCAAACGAUGCUGCUGAGCAGGCAAAAGAUGGGGGCAAGGCAGUGGAAGAUUGGGUGAAGAAACUUAAACACAUAGCUGAUGAGGCUGAUGAUGUCUUGGAAGAAAUCAACUAUGAAUUUCUCUGGAGACGAGUAAAAUUGCAAAACCAAAUGGGGAAAAAGGUGCUCAACUUCCUUUCUGCCUCAAAUCCCAUUUUGUUUCGACAAAAAAUGGCACACAGAAUUAGAAAAAUCAGCGCUUCUCUGGCGGAGCUCAAGAAUGACUCAACUUUCGUUGGGCUUGGGUUGGUUGCAAAGGACAAAGAUCCAACCCCUCAAGGAAUUAGGGAGGACAGAGUAACCGACUCAUUCUUUGGUAAAAAUGAAAUCUUCAUUGGAAGGAAUGCGGUUGUGUCAGAUAUAGUUGCAAGAUUGACCAACUCCAAUACUAAUGAACAAAAUCUGUCGGUUAUGGCGAUUGUGGGAAUGCCAGGACUGGGAAAGACAACUUUGGCCAAGUCAGUGUACAAUGAAGGUGCUAUCGAUGACUAUUUCAACAAAAAAUUGUGGGUGUGUGUAUCAAACACUUUCAACGUCCAUUCGAUUUUAACUGCAAUGUUAGGAAAGGUAGCCCCGACUCAACAAGCAUUGCUUACAGACCUCCAAAAAGAGUUGAAAGAGCAAAAAUACUUGCUGGUACUUGAUGAUGUUUGGAAUGAAGAGUCUGAGAAAUGGGAAAGGUUGAUGAGCUGUUUGUCAAAGUUGAAUUCUGCUCCAGGAAGCAAAAUUAUUGUCACUACCCGCAGUGGCAUAGUUGCAUCACUCACAGAAACACUUCCGCGGCCUAAAUUGGAACUUCUAUCAACAGAUGAAUGCUGGUCCAUAUUGAAACAUUACUCAUAUGGUAGUUCUAAUAUACCUCCUCAUUUAGAGAGUAUUGGACGGGAGAUUGCUGAAAAAUGUGAUGGUCUACCAUUGAUGGCAAAGGUACACAUAUACAUAUACAUAUAUAUAUAUAUAUAUAUAUAUAUUUAUACAUAAGUAAAAUCAUUUAGGGAUCAUAUCAUGAAUGGGUUAUUUUGAAUUGCAUUGAUGCAUUUUUAUGUAGAAGGAAAUAACAAGGUCUGAAAGAAGAGAACAGUUUCAUGUCAUCAUGCCCAUCACAAUCUCUUUCUUCACAAUCACUUUAUUAAAUAGAAAUCAACAAAGACGUUCCAGAAGGCAUUUUGCACUAGUUCCCCACCGGAAAAACCCUUUAGAUUCCAACUCUUGGCUCAAUUUUAGCAUCCAAUUGUCUACAAAAGUGGAUUAUAGAAACUAGUACAAGUAAUUUUUUUUUCUUUU